GGAAAAAGACAGGAAGUUGAAGGCAUUCAAAACAUAGGCAGAGAGAAAGAAAAAGAGAGUAAAUUAAGAAGGAAAGGGUUAGCUCAGUCAUAAAUAUAGCAUGCAAGAAGAUACCCUUUUAUUAACCCUCUUAAGAUCUCCAUCCAAUUCCCACAAAAAAUCAUCAUUUCUACAAUUACCUUUUCUCUGAGACACAAUAUCAAACACCUGGUGUUUUCAGCCAUGAGCACCAAGAAAUCUAGCAGGAAGAUGAGGGGCUUCAUGUGCCAAUCUACAGCAGCAACUGCAGUUUGCAAAGUGGGUGAUCCUCGCUCGGUGAUCAUACCAAGAAGGCCUGAAAAAUCCCUCAAGCAGCUGCUUGAUAAUUCUUCUUCAUCAUCAACAACAUCAAGAUUAUUAAUGAAGAAGAAUCGUGAUAAUGGUGUUAAGUACUCUAGACUUGUGGAUUCUCCAAUGAAGCUUAUUCCACCUGCAGCUACUAACAGAAACAGAUCACUUCUGAUUUCUUCCAUCAAGAAAUUAGACAUUAAUGAUAAUAAUAACAGCCAAGAAAACAGACCAAAGCAACCUUCACUGGCUUCAUCUGAUCAAGUUUUCCAGAAAGUUGUGAUGCGAGUUUCUCUUCAUUGUCAAGGUUGUGCCGGCAAAGUGAAAAAACAUCUAUCCAAAAUGGAAGGAGUAACAUCAUUCAGCAUUGAUCUAGAGACAAAGAGGGUGACUGUGAUGGGUCAUGUGUCACCUGUGGGUGUACUUGAGAGCAUUUCAAAGGUGAAACCAGCUGAGUUUUGGCCUUGCUCUUGAAUUAUUAAUUACUCUUAAUUAAUUAAGCUCAUCUUCAUCUCC